GUAGCAUUGCGAGUAGGGCAGCUGGAUCGCGAACACAUAUGCUACUAUUGUUGACCGAUAUCUACUGAAAGGGGAUACUGAUCUGUAAACGUAAACAUCAUUCCUGAUAUAUUGCCAGGACUGUAAGAUACUUCGAUAUUUACAUACUUUUCACAGAUUAAAAUUGUCUUCCAAGUGAAAAUAGAAUAACUUGUUAUGGAACCUUUAACUCAGUUGGUGUUUUUCGUCAACGGCCAGAAAAUUGAGGAAAAUAAUGCUGACCCGGAAGAGACGCUGCUGCAAUAUUUACGCAACCGCCUUCAUCUGACUGGUUCGAAGCUCGGGUGCGGAGAAGGAGGAUGUGGCGCCUGCACGGUGAUGGUAUCCAGAUAUGACCAACACAGAGACCAGAUUAUUCACCUAUCAGUUAAUGCUUGUCUGGCACCGAUCUGUUCUCUACACGGCAUGGCGGUCACCACGGUGGAGGGGAUUGGUAGCACCAAGACCAGGCUACAUCCAGUUCAGGAACAACUGGCCAAUGCUCAUGGUACUCAGUGUGGAUUCUGUACCCCGGGAAUCGUCAUGUCCAUGUACACCCUUCUGAGAAACAAUCCCAGACCUACACAGAAAGAGAUGGAGUCGUACUUCGAUGGAAAUCUUUGUAGGUGUACAGGUUACAGACCUAUACUACAAGGAUUCCAAUCUUUCACAAAGGAUGCUUGUCCAAUGGGCGUGAACUGCUGUAUGAACAAGAACAAUGGCAGUGAGCAGGCAACAAAUAACACAGAUGGAAUGGUGAAUGGUGUAGCUAAUGGAGAUGCUGAAACUCGUCUGCUGUAUGAUCCAUCACAGGAACCAAUUUUCCCUCCCGAACUGAAGGUCAACGCACACCUCUACAAUACAUCUUUGAAAUUCGGCAAUCCUUCAAGCACAUGGUUUAGACCGACAUCCCUGGAUGAACUGAUGGAUCUGAAGAAGCUCUACCCUAAUGCUAGACUGGUUGUGGGAAACACCGAACUCGGAAUAGAGAAAAAGUUUAAGAGAGGACAGUUCCCAGUUCUGAUAUGUACAACACACAUUGAAGCACUGAAUGAAGUACGGCUAGACGAACACGGUUUAGUGAUUGGUGCGUCCGUCACUCUGUCCCGGAUACAAGAAGCCAUGCAGAGUGCAGUUGACAGUUUGCCAGAAUGGAAAACUCGUAUAUUUGCUGCUUUCUUGGACAUGCUACAGUGGUUUGGCAGUCACCAGAUCCGAAAUGUUGCAGCAAUAGGUGGAAACAUAAUGACUGCCAGCCCAAUUUCUGAUCUGAUUCCUUUACUAAUGGCAGCUGGAGCUGAACUGUAUGUGAUGUCAAAGGAGGACAAGCCCAGGUAUGUGAAAAUGGAUCAUACAUUCUUGAAAGGGUAUAGGAAAACAGAUUUGAAUCCAGAAGAAAUCUUGAUAUCAGUGAAAGUUCCAUGUAGUAAUGAGCAAGAACACUUUUAUGGCUAUAAAGUAGCCAACAGAAAGGAUGAUGACAUAUCUAUUGUUAGUGCUGGUUUGGACGUGCAGUUUCAGAAGGGAACAGAUGUGAUUGAGAACAUCUCCUGUGCCUAUGGCGGCAUGGCACCCACAACUGUCAUGGCACUCAAAACAAUGACAGCUCUUGUUGGAAGUCACUGGGAUGAGUCAAUGCUUGGCAAGGCAUGUAAUGAGUUGGCAGCAGACUUGCCACUUUCCCCUGGUGCUCCUGGUGGAAUGGCGGAGUUUCGUAAAACAUUGACAACAAGCUUCUUCUUUAAGUUUUUCAUCACUGUCAAGACAAAACUUAUCCAGGAAGGGAUAAUAACUGAGGUGUUGUCACCUGAGAAAAGCAUCGUUUCUCUCGGUCCAAGAGCAUGUACAAAGGGAAUACAAGUGUUUGAGGAGCACACUAAAGAAUCUCCAGUAGAUAUCGUUGGUCAUCCUGUCGCUCACAAUUCUGCACAACAACAAACAACUGGAGAAGCAGUGUACGUUGACGACAUGAAAAAACUACAAGGUGAACUGAACAUAGCAUUUGUAUUGAGCACCAAAGCUCGGGCCAAGAUUCUUAGGGUUGAUACAAAUGAUGCCUUACAAAUGCAAGGGGUGAAGGAUUAUGUUUGUUACAAAGAUGUUCCUGGAAAAAACUCAUUUGGAGUGUGGCCAAAGGAAGAAGAGGAAAUCUUUGCAAGCAACGAGGUUUAUUGUCAUGGACAAAUUAUUGGUUGUAUCGUGGCUGACACAAAAGAGAAUGCACAGAAGGCGGCGAAAAGGGUCAACGUUGAGUAUCAAGAAAUGAAACCCAUCAUAACUAUUGAGGAGGCUAUUUCAAACAACUCGUUCGAUGGUGAGUCAAAUACUAUGGGACGAGGUGACACAGAGGCAGGUUUCGCCAAGUCCGACCACGUGAUUGAGGGGGAAGUACGAGUAGGUGCUCAGGAACAUUUUUACCUGGAGACGAUUACACACAGAGUGAUUCCAAAUAAUGAAGAUGGCUGUGUGGAGCUUUACUCAGGCACACAGGUACCCCGUGAUCUACAGCUUUAUGUAGCAAGAACUUUGGGUAUUAAGGCUAAUCGUGUUGUUGUAAAAGUGAAGAGGACUGGAGGAGGAUUUGGUGGAAAGGAGAUACGGCCAGUAGCAACUGCCUUGCCAGCAGCAGUAGCAGCUGUGAAACUGAACUGCCCAAUACGUACGGAUUUGGAUAGGGAUGAAGAUAUGAUUAUUACUGGAACAAGAAAUCCAUUCCUUGGAAGAUACAAAGUGGGAUUCACAUCUGAGGGCAAGAUUCUUUCUCUAGAUGUUCAUUUCUACUUGAAUUCUGGAAGGGCUGUGGAGCUAACUCAGUCAGUGUUAAUGAGGGCUGUUACUCAUUGUGAUAAUUCUUAUGACAUUCCAAACCUGAAGGUGACUGGACGCCUUUGCAAGACAAACAUAUCAACAAACACAGCAUUCCGGGGAUUCGGUGGACCACAGUCUAAUUUCAUUGCAGAGACUUGGAUAAGCCAUGUUGCAGAUUUCUUGGGAAAACCACACAAAGAGAUUCGAGAACUCAACAUGUACAAAGAAAAUGGCAUGAAAUUCUACAAACAGUCAAUUGAAGGAUGCAACCUGACACGAGUAUGGCAAGAGGUGCAAGAGAAAUCUAAUUACGAAUCAAGGAGAAAGGUGGUGGAUGAGUUCAACAGGAACAGCAGGUGGGUAAAGCGUGGUCUGGGGCUCAUACCCAUCUUAUAUGGAAUUGCCUUUGGAUAUACUACCAAUUUUUUUAAUCAGGGUGGUGCACUGGUCCACAUCUAUCUGGAUGGGUCGGUUCUCGUGACACAUGGAGGCAUUGAAAUGGGACAAGGCCUGCAUAUAAAAAUGAUACAGAUUGCAUGCCAGGUACUAAAGGUUCCUCGUGACAAAGUGUUCCUUAAUGAGACCAGCACAGACAAGGUUCCAAAUGCAUCCCCUACAGCUGGCAGCAGUGCUACAGACCUCAAUGGUGGUGCUAUGAAGAAUGCCUGUGAGAUUCUGUAUAAACGUCUUGAACCUUACAUGAAAGCCAACCCACAGGGAACAUGGGAAAGCUGGGUAAGUGCAGCAUACAUGGACUGCGUUCAGCUAUCAACGACAGGGUUUUUCAAUCGCACACUUAAAUGGGACAAAGAAAAUGGUGGAACCUUUUACCCAUAUUUCGUGUGUGGAGCAGCUGUUAGUGAAGUGGAAAUCGACUGUCUGACUGGAGAACAUGAGGUUCUUCGUACUGACAUUGUGAUGGAUGUUGGAAGGAGUCUGAAUCCUGCAGUUGAUAUUGGUCAGAUUGAAGGAGCUUUCACACAGGGAUAUGGGUUGUUUUGUUUGGAACAUUACAAAAUCAACCCAGAAGGAGUUCUUCUGACACAAGGUCCGAGUACUUACAAAAUUCCAUCAUUCAGGAAUGUUCCCGUGGAGAUGAACGUCCAUCUUCUGAAAGGAAGUCGCAAUGAGGAAACAGUUUUCUCUUCUAAGGGAAUUGGUGAACCUCCACUGUUCUUGGGGUCGUCAGUUUUCUUUGCCAUCAAAGAUGCCAUAGCGUCUGCCCGUGCUGAUGAGGGAAUAACUGGCUACUUUAGGAUUGACAGUCCAGCCACACCAGACAAAAUCCGAAUGGCAUGUCAAGACAGGUUUUCUAAACAGUUUCCAGCUGCAGAGAAAGGUUCUUUUAAACCGUGGUUUGUGGACCUGUAAGACAGCAAUGAUCAGCAUGAGGCACACACAUAGAAACAGCACUACUGACUAGUUUUCAACAUGGCGUAUUCUUGUAAAUGUGCCAUGUGAAGAUUACCUUUCAAUUUGUAACCAGAUAGCGUUAUUAGUUUUUAUUUUGCUUAUACAAUAAAUGAGGAUUUGACAUAUUUUUUAUGCGGCAUUGCACAGAGACACUACAAGUUUCUUUUCUUUUUUGCUUUUAGUUUUAGCCAGAACAUUUAUUACAAUUGUGUUUUAGCCAGAGAUUAUAUUAUAAAUUUUCAUGUACUGGUGUCUAGAUUUUGACUGGGCCUACCAGAUGGAAUUGGGAACCAAAUAUCAUUAUUAGUUUUGGUUUUUCUCAUAUAACCAGACGUUGGCUGAUUAAUACAAAUAAUUUCUUGAUACCGGUAACUUCACCUUCAAAACUAGAAUCUUGUUUUUUGUUUAUAAGAUUGACCAUAUGUGUUAAACUACUCACCUGUAAUACACCUAGAUAAUAUAAAAUUUAAAACGUGUGUAGUAGAAUAUUUAACCAGGUGCUUUGACUAGGAAAGCUGGUCUUAACCACAAGCCAGUUCAAUAACAAGGAAAUGGUUUAACGUGCACGUUCAGAGCAAGCUGUUGCAGUGCACACCUGUCGUGGGUGCAAGUUCGGACGUGUGCCAGAUCCUUCGCUCAGCAGUUUUCAUUCGUUGUUAUGCUCUGUAUUACUCAAAACAACUGCUACCUCUACCUCAGACAGACCCUUGUUAACAGUUUGUGUGUAUAUGUCCAAGACAAAUUAUUAUUUUUAAUUCACAUUUUUAUUUGAUUGGCAACGGGUAAUUUCUGCUUUAAAUGGCUUGCCUCUUUACAGGGUAUAGGCGUCGGUAGAUAAUAGUAGCUAAUGCGGGGAAGCAAUUUAUUCAGGGAAUACUGAAUGUGGAUUUCUGGACCGAAUUUACAAAUCCUGUUUAUGUCUUACACGUGUGUAACUACAUACAUAUACAAUGUUUAAACACAUGCAUUUACGAAAAACAGGCUUCGUAAAGUUGGCCCCCCAUGUCUGAGGUGUGUGCACAUACAUUGUAUGAUGUGUUUUUAAUGGAUAAUAUAGAAUUGCUGAAAUAUUUGUUUACUUAUUGCAAAAAGAAACCUGUAAAGGAAUAGACUGGUUGUGGUAUUUGUAUUAAAAACACUAUCAUAUAUUACUGACUACAGCUUGUAGGAAUAUAUGUAAUAGCUCAUUCGGUUGAAUGUUAUACUCUUUUACAAAAGGUUAUUAAUAAAUAGUGUCUAUUGAAAAA